AUGGCGGCGCGUAAAUGGUUCCUGCUCUUGGGCGAGAACGGCAAGGAUCUCACCUCGGCGACUUCUGUUGGUGUGGAUAUUGAAGAUGUUGAUACGCUCCGAAAGGUAGUGAAGAAAGAGUGUCCGAGCGCUCUCGCGAACGUUGCUGCGGCCGAUCUCACAGUAUUCACGAACCGUGCGGAGUACGAUGCGAAGCGAAGCGUGCUGCUGCCCCAGUCGUGGUCCCCAGUGACGGCGUAUGGGAAUAAUGAAGAGAAUGCGCUCAUUGUGCAAGUGCCGACGCGGCGUCAAGUGGUUGUGCCGACGUUAUCGCAGCAAUCGUUCGUUUGGAAGGAGCCAAAGCCUCUGGUCGGGACGACUGGUGCGAAAUGGGAUUUCCAGAAUUCAUUGGAUCUUGGCAACCUUGCAUCCGCCAUAGGUUCUCAUUAUGAAGCUUGGAGAGAUGGAAAGACGGACAAGCGAACUCAUCCGCUAUUCGUGUGCUUAGAUGGCCCCGGGACUGGAAAGUCGAGAUUGCUUGACGAAUUUCCGAAUAUCUUGCAGCAGCAAAUCUUUCAAGAUGAGACGCAAGGAGAUCCAGCGAUGAAGCAGCUUUUGCAGACAGCCUACAAUUUCAAGAUUACCUUUGAAAAUGGAGCAACC